AUGGACAGCAAUGCAGGAGAAAUGCAGCGAAAAUUGGGAGCGUUUCAGGUUUCAGAGUUGCUUGAUUUGCGGACCAAAGGCAACCAACGGUUUGUACAGGGGGACUGGAAAGGGGCAAUCGCAUGUUAUUCUGAAUGCAUAGACUCUGCUCUGAAAGAUGUUCUUGUGAGUUGUUACUCUAACAGGGCAGAGGCAUUGUUAAAGCUGGAAGAGUACGGGAAAGCAGUAGAAGACUGCGAGAAAGCGCUGCAACUUCAUUCUUCACAUCUCAAGUCCCUCUUUCGCAAGGGCAGGGCUUUGCACGGGCUGAAGGAGUACGGCUUAGCCUGUUCAUGUUUUCGACUGGCACUAGAGCAAUUCCCAGCUGCAAAGGAAAUAUUGCCUUACUAUGAGAAAUCGAAGAAGCUGAAUGAAGAGAACCAGCAGGGUUUGUUUGUUACCAAGGAUGUCGAGAUCGGAGAUACUCUGCUCGUGGAGAAUGCAAUUGCAAUGAGCGGCAUUUAUCGCAGGCCGGUGGCCUUUGGUUGCAAAGGGAACCCUGCCAGCGUGCUUGAAGGUUUUAUUCAAGACACUGUUGAGCAAACGGCCACUUGCGCAAUGUCAUGCCCCAGGAUUUUAAGGCAAUUGCAGCACCUUACCCAGUCAUCUUGGAUACAGGAGGCAGAGGUCCCCGACAUGGAGUUGUUCAGGGUAAAUAACGGCAGUUGGAACAAAUUUGGGGAAACUCCGAAGAAUUUGCGAAUCGACGCUUUUAAACUCAGAAAGGCUAUGGAGCUCAACAAUCUACUCACACAUAUUAGCCAGGAUGAAGAAAAACCAGUGGAGGAUGAACAUGAUGUAAACUGAAAGGUAGGGUUUUGGAACAGGGCAAGCAAAAUGGAGCAAUGCGGGUUUUGGGGGCUCCCAUCUUUCAUCAAUCAUUCAUGUUUUCCAAAUGCUAAAUGCAUGGUGGUGGGAAAAGCAAUGUUCAUUAUAGCUGUGAGAGAAAUUGCUGCAGGAGAGGAAAUAACCGUGUCUUACUUCAGAAACUUUGUUCCACUGGUGGAACGCGAAGGCAUUUCAUACAUUUAGGGUUUCACUGUAAGUGUAAGCGGUGUGUUUUGGAAGGUUUUCUUGGUCCGUCUUUUGAGCAACUGAGUCAUAUAAUUCACAAUUUUUACAACUCUCUGUUUGAUCAAGCUGAACCAACAAAUGUCUCAUCCAGAGACAUGCAGUCCAUGGUAGGAUUCGCUGUGCAGUUGGAGAAUAUUGAUGCCCAGAGUGAAGAAAAGCACCUCAUACGUGCCUCAUUUUCUUGUAUCUACAAAUAUGUUUAUGCCGCUGCUAUGGAAUAUCCUGAUUUUAGUGUGCUAUUACGGUUGCUUCCUACAAAAUUGGAAGUGGCAGAGUCAUUGCGGCAUGCCGAUCCAAGUUCUCCAAUCUCCCUGGAACUGUUUCAGAUGCUUGUAGAGGAAGUUCAUGGACAAGAGAGAGAUUUGCUUCUUCAAAAGACAAUGGAAAACGGCAUAGUAGUAUUUGGAAAACAGAAAGAAGAUGUCCUCAAAGCUCUAGUAGAGUCGCGAUUCGUUAUGCGUUUUCAAACUGUCAGGACCUGGAAUCCCGAUGAAAUUUUCGUUUCAAUAACAUUUUAGUAUCGUUUGAAGCUGUUGUUAUAGACAUAUAUAGAGGUAGGUUUUUAAAGCAUCAGUAAUACCAAGAUUUUAACUUCUGUUCUUUUAUUUCA